GGAUGGAUCCCCAUAAUAGGGUGGAAAAAGGUUGUCUAAAUAAAUAUAUCCACAAAACAUUAAAAUAGUCUGAACAGAGUUUAACAUCUCUAAUGAGGACCUGAAGUACUGUAGUAAGAGAAGCUGAAAUCAUGUCUAAAAAGAUGGUUGUGACCCAGCCCAGGCCCUACAUCAUGAACAGUGGAUCUGGCCAGUGGACCUCUGACAUCUGUGACUGCUUGGACGACCUGCCUCAAUGUUGUCUCACCUUUUGGUGUUUACCCUGCUUCGAAUGUAAGACAGCACAUGAGGCCGGGGAGUGUGUAUGUUUACCUCUGCUGGACGGUUUUGGAUUGAUCCCUCCUAUAGGCACCUCCCUCAGAGUGUCAAUACGUCAACGAUAUGGCAUUGAGGGUACCAUCUGCAAUGACUGUGUGUACGCCUGCUGCUGCGGGCCCUGCAGCUGGUGUCAAAUUGCACGAGAGAUCAAAACCAGGGCGAAUCCCAUCACCUUCGUCAGUAUGGCGUCCUAAGCAACACAACAAAAUGCCUCUGCGGAAUGUCACUUAGCAACUGAUUAAAGAUUUGCACCUGAAAGCCAUAAAUGUUGCACAACUUAACGACAGAGAGGAGAGAUAAGCAGACACUUGGCCUCACUGACAGAUAUUAAAGACAACCAGCAAGUGAUUUGUAGAAGUGAACCAAUAAUUAUUCUGGUUACAUUUAGGAGAGUUACUAUUGCUUUUGAUUUAGCAGAAAUCUACAUUUUUAUUGUACCACUGUUUUCGAACCAUUUUCAAGAUAUGUAUUGUGUACGUUCAAUUUUGAAUGUUAAA